CGAGCCGCUUUCGGAAGGGAUAUAGCCUGCGUAGAUCAAGGGGCAGAGAUCGUCCAGCGACCCCACGCCGAGCGCUGGAAAGGGGUCGCUGGCGUGAACCGUCGUGUCUGAGCUGAGGCAAAGCCUAGAUAGCCUCAUCUUCCGACCUUCAGACCUAUUAGGAGUCUGACUGUGGACCGGGUCCCUGGGGUCUGGGGGUGCUGGGGGUGUCUCGGGACGCCCCUCACCCGUCUAAAGGCGGGACUUCCGGCCUCCCCCCACCUGGGCGGGAUUUCCUGUUUUCUCUCUGGAGAAGUGGGUCUUCGCUGCCCCUGGGCAAGCUGGGGAUGUCUCUCAGCGUUGGAGAAAGACCCCAGACGUUCGCCCCGCCGCGGACCACGGGGUGCAUCCGCGAGUUCCUCCCGUCUUCUAGUGAGGGUUGCGGGGGCACUUCCAGUCUGACAGGUGGUUGGAGGGGGGCCUUCAGUAGUAUCUCAUGCCUUGGGCUACUUUUGCUCUUUCUCACCUCUUCCUGGAGUCGGUUUCUUCACUUCACCUCCUGACCUCCUAAGAGGCCAGUCACCUUACCUCUCCCUCCCCUUCCUGUGGGGGACAAGUCUUACUUCCUUUUCCCUUCUUCCUAAUCUUAAACUGCUCUAUUUGAGGGGUGGUGGUGUCCUCCGUCUCUCAGCUCUUGGAAGGAUGCAGGACUUACUCCGGAAACUGUAGGGGCUGGAGACUCCCCAAGACUUGGUUUCUUUCCUCUUGGGUAACUGACUCCAGAGAAUCCCCAGAGAGGUCUGCAUUAUACUCCUCCUUUUUGUGCAUGCUCUCUGAGGUGGGGAAGACCCUCACCCCCAUUACUCUCUUUGCUGCCUGGUGGUUAUGCUAAGAUCUAGGACAGAGAGGAAUUUAAUCGUGGUGUCCCAAAGAAGUGAGCCCCUGGCCUAGCACUGUUAGGCUGUCACCUUGGAUCAGUAACAUUUCCUUGUCCUAGCCUCAGCUUCCUCCUUCAGAUGGGGUUGAGUGGCUGUGAGACCCUGUGCACCUCCCACUACUGUGAGAUUUUGGAGUUGGACGGACAGCAGUGUCAAUCUAGCUGUGUGCCUUUAGGCCAGGGCCGUAAGCUCUCUGAGCCUCACUUUCCUCAUCUGGACUAGGAGAUCACAAACCUUUCCUUACAAGGGCGCGGAUGGCGUCGGGGCGCCCUGAGGAGCUGUGGGAGGCCGUGGUGGGAGCUGCCGAGCGCUUCCGGGCGCAGACAGGCAUGGAGCUGGUGCUGCUGACUGCCGCGCCGCCCCCGCCACCCCUCCCUGGCCCCUGCGCCUAUGCAGCCCAUGGCCGGGGGGCUCUGGCCGAGGCUGCCCGCCACUGCCUGCAGGACAUCGCCCUGGCCCACAGGGCUGCUGCUGCUGCCCGACCUCCCAUGCCCCCACCAGCACCACAGCCACCCAGCCCUACAGGGAGCCCACCGCAGCCUGCCCUGCCCAGGGAGGAAGACAAGGAGGAGGAGGAUGAGCCAACAGAGACAGAGACCUCCGGGGAGCGGCUGGGCAUCAGUGAUAAUGGAGGGCUCUUUGUGAUGGACGAGGAUGCCACCCUCCAGGACCUGCCCCCCUUCUGCGAGUCUGACCCUGAGAGCACAGACGACGGCAGCCUGAGUGAAGAGACCCCCACUGGCCCCUCAGCCUACUCAGUGCCUCCGGCCUCAGCCCUGCCCACACAGCAGUACGCCAAGUCCCUGCCUGUGUCUGUGCCCGUCUGGACCUUCAAAGAAAAGAGGACAGAAGCACGGUCAUCGGAUGAGGAGAAUGGACAGCCCUCGUCGCCUGACCUGGACCGCAUCGCAGCGAGCAUGCGCGCGCUGGUGCUGCGGGAGACCGAGGACACCCAGGUGUUCGGGGACCUGCCACGACCACGACUCAACACUAGCGACUUCCAGAAGCUGAAAAGGAAAUACUGAGGCGCAGUGUCCGCCCAGUCCUACACUACACCCCCGCCCCGCCCCCAGGGCCCUCAAUCGGAGUCAGAUUCGGACUGGCUUCCUCUGUCCCUCCAGCCCCAGCCAAUCCCCUCUGCCCUUUCAGCCUACCGCCCCCUUCUGCGCCGAGGAGCGGGACCUAUCCAAUUGCCUGACAGGGUCUGUCGCCUCUUUUUUGCCCAGCGACAGAUUGUUUCUAUUAAGUGACUGGCUUGCUCUCCGACGGGCGUGGCUAGUUCUAAACCCUAAAUGGGUGGAUUCGCAUCAUUUUCUGCCUAGCGACAAGAGCUUUGCUCGCACGGCAUUGGCUCUAUCCCUGGAAGAGCAUAGCCAAGUCCCAGGAUUGGGUGGUGGUGCUCUACUUCUGACUGGUGAAUGGGUAGCUUCAUUUGAUUGGCUGGAACGCUAUAAAGGUCUUGACCAAUCUCCCAAGAGUCACCAGCCGCCCUUCCUGAAUCCUCAUACCUGAUUGGGUCCAGCCUCCUGGGGGUGUGGCCAAACCCGCCAGUGCCCAGGAUUGGCCUGUGGCCUUAAAUUGACGUUCUUUACACUACUGGGACAGGUCGUUUUUUAUUAAGUCCUGACAAUUGGUCUCUGGUCCCCUCAGGGAUGGCCCGACCCUGACCCUACGUCUGACACACACUGGUUCCAUCCCGUAACAGCCUGCCAAUUGAAGCCGGUCCUUGUGUGCUGGACGCUACCAGCUCCCGCCCCUCUCCCCUUCCCCCACAGGUGCCUUAAAGGGCCCUCGUCCACCCAAGGUGGGGGGCAGGGGUCCUCACUCUCCGGCCCUGGAGUGGGGGAGAGUGGGGGGUGGGGAUCGCGAGUUGGGAGGGGCGCUCUGAGAUUAAAGAGUUUUACCUCGGUUAAAUGUU